AUGCGUUUGAAUAUGACUGAAAAGGAUCGAAACCACGUAACAACAAUAGGAAGAGACCACCGCGCAACGAUACCAAUUCCUGGAGUAGGAUCUUCUGGUGCACCAUCUUCAUCUUCUUCAACCUCCUCCUCCUCUCCGGCUUCACCUUCUCCACUUUCCGGCUCCUCUUCGGAAAAAUUUCGACCAGAACUAUUGCUUAGAUGGCCAACUGUAACAAAAACCGCCGUAACCGCCGACUCUCCAGUCACCAUUUCCGUCCGAGAAGUAGACCUGCCGGACCAGUCACUGGUUUUACUAAACUACCCUCGAACCGGUCGCUUAUUUACAAAGGAGGAAAUCGACUGCAUUUACUUCUCAGCUAAUGACCUCUCCGCCCCGCCUCUCUUCAAGCAACCGCCGCUCGACAUGGAUGGCGAGGAUCCCUACAACCAGAUCAUACGGUGCCCGCUGCAGUCCGGAGAUGGCUUUAGGGUUUCAGUUGGUUUUAAAAAGUAAAACGGCGACGUAACGUCUGUGCCGACGUACACGUGGGACUCACUGGCGUACGAUGCUGUCAUUGACCACGACAACAACACCGUCGUUUUAGUGAAAGGCCUCAACUUAAGGCCAGAUAGGGUUUCAAAUGCCUCGAGAUACGAGCGCUUGUACGGCUGGGAUUUCAGCACGUCCAACCAUUUGUUGCAGUCCAACGUCGUUUCUUUGGCGCAGGAGUUCGUACGGUGUAUCGUUGAGUGUGUUGAUCAGGAGCAAACGUGGGGUGAAUGAUGCGGACGUGAAGGUCUCAGUUAGGUUUAAAGGAAGAAGUGGAGAACAACAAUAGUGGACACUAUAGCCCGGCAGGGGCUCCGGCCCGGACUCGUCGAACCGCCCCGGAAUAAAGAGCACGGAAUGUGUAUAUGCUCCAUGGUGAGGAACCAGGGUCGGUUCUUGAAGGAAUAUUGGGUCAUAUACCAUGCUGAAAUGGGAGUGCAACGUUGGUUUAUUUACGACAACAAUAGUGAUGAUGAAACUGAUGUCGUUAUUGAGCUUCUACAGAGUGGGAACUACAACAUUACCCGGCACCUCUGGCCUUGGAUCAAGACCCAGGAGGCCGGGUUCGUGCAUUGCGCGUUACGGCCGCGCAAGACGUGCCAGUGGGUUGAUGUGGACGAGUUUUUUCACAUGCCUUCGGGGUUAUUAUUACAUGACGUGCUGCCCAACCAGUCCAAGUAUGGUUAUGGUGAGGUUCAGGCUUGGUGCUAUAUUUUUGGGCAGUCGGGCCUCAAGAGUGUCCCGAUUCAGGGCGUGACGGUAGGGUACACUUGUUGCGUGGGCCCGGAUAGGCACAAGAGCAUUGUGAAGCCGGAGGCGUUGGAUUCGACAUUGAUGAAUGUGGUGCACCAUUUCAAACUUAGAAAUGGUUACGAGGCAGUGAAACUAGCGGAUAGGGGAGUGUUGGUUAUCAAUCACUACAAGUACCUAGUGUGGGAGGUUUUUAAGGAGAAGUUCUAUAGGAGAGUGGCGACCUAUGUGGCGGACUGGCCGGAGGAGCAGAAUGUGGGUUCCAAGGAUCGAGCCCCGGAAUUGGGGACGAAGGAGGUGGAGCCACCGGAUUGGCCGGAGAGGUUUUGCGAGGUUAAUGACACUGGACUUAGGAACCGGGUGUUGAAGAACUUGGCUGAUCCGUAUACAAGGCUUUUGCCGUGGCAGGAGGGUUAUCAAAAACAUGAGAAGAGAAGGGUGAGAAGGAGAAAGAGAAAGAGACGAAAGCAUAGAGGGUAUUUAAUUAUGACUCUUGUGUUGAACCCUACCAUUCCCCACUCUGCCUUUUUCUUCUCUUCACAACACAAACCCUUCACUUUGUCCGAUCCAAAACACCCAUCAACAAUGGUGAGAGAAGAAGAACCGAAACAGAGCCCAAAAACUCAACCAAGAGAAUCGAACCCAGUUGAGAUCGGAAGUGGCCCGAGUGGGAACAGCUUGAUGUUCAGUCCCAGAUUCAAAUCGGCGGCGGCCAUGGCCGGUUGGGACGAAGAGUCUCUCCUGAUAGCAAGCCUUGUCGUUGACGACACGCCGGAGCAAGAUAUUAAGCAGAAGAAACGAUCUGUUUUCCGGUCCAAGACUCCACCCACCAAUUCAUCAAGAAGAAAGCGGAGAGUUCAGCGAAAGAGCCCGGUUUCGAUCCCAGUGGCUGUUCUUGACCUUGAUAGUGAAGAAACUACAAAAGAGGAGAGUGUGAAAGAGAAGGUAGAGCCUGAAAUUGUUGUUGUGAAUGAAGAAAAGAAAACAGGAGAAUAUGAGAAGAUGGGUGAGAGCUCUGGUGCUUCGUGCUCAAGCUCGAAUCUUCCUUGCAUGGAUAAGCUCAGGGAUGAGCUUUCUUGUGCUAUCUGCUUGGAGAUUUGCUUUGAACCCAGUACAACUCCUUGUGGACACAGCUUCUGUAAGAAAUGCUUGCGAUCGGCUGCUGAUAAAUGUGGGAAGAGGUGCCCCAAAUGCAGGCAGCUAAUGAGCAAUGGAAGAUCUUGCACCGUGAACACAGUUCUAUGGAACACGAUUCAGCUUCUGUUUCCUCAAGAAGUUGAAGCAAGGAAAGCAGCUGGAGCCUUGAACAGUCGUGAAGAAGGUGAGCGGGAAAUCCCUGAUAAGGCCUUUAGUAGUAGCAACUCGAGGAAUCAAAGCAGAAGAGUAUCUGGCAGAGAUGUGGCUGUAAGGAGAAGAAGGGUAGUGUUGAGCCAAGAUGAUGAUGAGGACGAUCCUGCACCACUAGCUAUAAGGUUACAAAUGAGAGAAGCAGAGAAUCAAAAUCGAGGACUAGGCAGCUUGGCUCGACCAGUAAGGAUAUCAUCAGGCAGAGAAAUUAGGCCUAUAAUAUCAAGCAGAGAUGCAAAUCCGACGAGUAGUAGAAGGGUGCCAAACCAACAUGAGGAUGCUGCAUUAGCUCUGAGAUUACAGAGGGAGGAGUUUAUGGAGGCUUUUAGGGGAACCAGCAGUGAUCAAUCAAGUGCCUCUCUUUCGUUGGCUAGAGCAAACCUGAGAGCCAUGGCAUCUAGAGCCACUAACCGUGGUGCUGCAACCCGAUUUAUGUAGUCUAGUUUUCCGUUCAAUUGGUGUACUGCUUUUCUUAUGACUCUUCUACUAGCAUUGCUCAAUCCUAGUGGUUACUAAAUUUGUUGCAUUACUUUGUUCAUGUACUCCCAACAUUUACAAAGAACUGGCAACACAGCUUUUCCCUGCUUAAACAAAGUUGGUUUACACCAGGAAACUCCUUUUCUUGGAAGGGUUUCUAGAUGAGGUCUUUUAUGAAGAUUUGAAUCCUGUGUACUGUAUCUUGGACUAUCUUGACCAAAUACACAAUGCUUUAAACAUAUUUGAUUACUUAGCUGCACACCCAGGUGGUGUUUGUUACAUGGGAUUGGAUUUUUUUAUUUAUUAGAAUAAGAGUUAUCCCAUGUUUGGCUGAAACAAGGACUCACUUAAAUGAGACUAUGCAGUCCCCGAAUCUGCCUCCGCACCUUCUUACAUAGUCUCCCCAAAUUUCACCGGACUGUGGAAGCGGGUCUUAUUCAACGCUGAAGUCUCAUUCUUCGCUUCAGCCUCAUCGUUCUCACUCACUCAUUUCCUUCGCUUCAGUCUUCUCCGGCUGCUCUUUUUCAGGUUCGAUUCUCUCAUUUCUCAUGCUCUCUGUCUUGUGUUGAU